GUGUAAACGACACCAACCCCAAUCCAGAUCAAAACGCAACCACAACAGAUGAAGGUUCUGUUUCUUGCGGUGAUAGUGGUUAUAUAGCUGAAGAAUAUAAUCUAGGUCUUCAUAUUGCUUCAUUUUUUAUAAUACUUGCAACAAGUUCAUUGGGUGCUUUUAUUCCAGUUAUAUCUACUAGAAACCCCAACUUGAAGAUUCCAAAAUUAGUUCAUUUCU